CUCAACCCUGCCACAUCCCUCGUCUCGAUAUCGCUUCCGAAUAGCCUCAUGGGAUCUCUCUAUGCUCUGGGGUAUAAAAGCAGGGGCACUCUCGCCCCUUGUGCCCAGCAACACAUCUAUUCCAGAGAUCCAUCUUAGUAACCGACCUCUAGCCAUACACCAUCAUGUCUUGCUGCAGCGAUCUCCCCCCCGUCCAGGCCGAGUACACCCCGAAAGGUACCUACACCACCUCGAAUGGUCUCAAGACCUAUGUCACCGGUCCUGAAGACGCAAAGGCUGCCGUCCUCUACAUCUACGACAUCUUUGGCUUCUCUCCCCAGAUUCUUCAGGGCGCCGACCUUAUUGCCUCCCAAGGCUAUCGCGUCGUCAUGCCCGACUUUCUCGUCGGCAACUACGCCACCCCCGCUUUCUUUGGCCCCGGCACAGAGGAAAAGAGGAAGCAGUACUUUUCCCAGUUCCCCGCUGCAUUCGCCACGCAGUCCAAGCCUCUGGCCGACUCUAUCGCUGGUCUUAAGGCUGCGGGCUACAGCAGGGUCGCCGUCCUCGGUGCUUGCUGGGGUUACAAGGCUGCUUUGACGAGCGAGGGUGUCUCUAAUAUCGACGUGUUCCUUGCUACCAGCCCCGCAUUCCCUGUCCCCGAAGACGCGGAAAAGAUCAAUGUUCCCGCCCUCGUCCUCUCGACUUCUGGCGAGGACAAGUCUAUUAUCAAUGCUAUUGAGAAGGGCGUUGAGGCUAAGAACCCCGGAAAGAACGUCUUUAAGCGGUACGAUGACCAGGCACACGGUUUCACCUCUGCCCGUGCCGAUCUGUCUGGUGGUGCUACCCUUGCGGGUUACGUCGAGGCUUACCAGCUCAUUGUCAAGUUCUUGAAGGAGCAUCUCUAGGAGGAUGGUGACUUGUCUGAAGCAUUAGAU